CCCCAAGAUAAAUCCCCUCCGCCAGCGCCGCCUUCCUCCCUCCCCUCCGCGUCCGCCCCGGCCAGAGUCCUCCCCCCCGCCGCCGGACCGCCGGCCGCGGAACGGGCGCGGCGCCGCGGCUCCUCCACGGACGGCCUUAAUAGCAGGUGCGGCCAGGCCAGCCAUGGACGACGGGGACAUCGACUUCUCCAACCCGGAGACGUUCCUGUGCGAGGCCAUGGGCAACGACCCGCCGGCCAGCUGCUCCAUGGGGACCUACUUCGACGACAUCCUCAACGGCGACGCCGACCACCUCGCCUGCACCCACACCCACACCUGCAACCCGCCCGUCCACGACCUCGCGCACCACACCCACACCUGCGUCCACGUCCACACCAAGAUCCUCUCCGCGUCCGACGACGCCGCCGAGACCUCCGAGUCGCUGCCGGAGGGCGGCGGCGCCAGCAAGAAGCAGCGGCCCUCCGGUAACCGCGCGGCCGUCAGGAAGUACCGCGAGAAGAAGAAGGCCCACACCGCGCUGCUCGAGGAGGAGGUGGCUCACCUCAAGGCUGUCAACCAGCAGCUCGUCAAGAAGCUCCAGAGCCACUCCGCGCUCGAGGCCGAGGUCGCCAGGCUCCGCUGCCUGCUUGUUGACAUCAGAGGGAGGAUCGAAGGGGAGAUUGGCACUUUCCCGUACCAGCGGACGGUGAAAGGCAACGAUUUUGUCGACCAGGGGAGCUUUCUCAGUGGUGCUCAGGUUAUGAAUUCCUGUGAUUUCAGAUGCAACGAUCAGUUGUACUGCAAUCCAGGAAUGCAGCAGGCCAGGACAAUGGAGGACGGCGGUGUCAUGAGUGGCCAGGUUUUGGGGCAAGGUGCCGGCGACUCUAUGGGCUGUGUAAAACCAGGUUCUUUAAACCCCCCAGGCUGCCGUGGGGGGCAAAUGCUGUAAACAGGUCGAGGACUCUUGAGGUGCUUGUCUUCUCCUUGCGAGAGACUAUUGGCUUCCCCGUACAAGGAGGACUGUAUAAAUUGCUGGCUUCUUCCAGAGGGCCGCGUUUGGUUCCAACUGUCGUGUUUGUGGCUCUGUUGCCGAUGAUACCUUCUAUGGUGCCUGGGGUGCCACAAGUUCGUUAGCUAGGAUGCUAUCCAGCCUCAGUAAUGUUCUUGGAAUUGGACAGCCUUUGCUCCUAGUCCUAGAUGCUCGCUGAUAAUUAGUAGAACAGACUGCGUUCGAAGGUAUCUUGAAUAAUUUAGAUUUCAGCAUCCAGGUUUUGUGGGAAGAUUACAAGUUCAGCUUCGGGUAGACCUCAAGUUAGAUGUCAGCUGCAUGAAUUCUUUCGUUGGUACGAAUGCCCAUUAUGUUUGUUUUCUACACCGUGCCUAUGAUCAAAGCAAUCGCAUGGAUUCCAUCAUUGCUUGGGUGUUAUUUGAUUCUUAAGGGAAUAUUGUGUGCCAUAUAUAUAUAUAUUAUUUGUGCAAAGUAACCUCUGCUGAAA